GAACUUAUUACUUCAGAAACCCUAGGUACGUAACAACACAUAUACCCAUGUUCUCUUCUGAUCACCAUUUGGUUCUUCUGGAAUGGAACAAGGCUGCUAUCCAAAGGAAGAAGAGAUUUAUGUUCGAUUGCAGAUGGGCUAAGAUGGAAGAUUCUCAGAAGGUUGUCGAACGGGCAUGGAAUAAGAAUGUUAUGGGAAAUCCCCUGGUGCAAAUUCAGAACAAAAUCAGACACUGUAGAAUUGAAAUUCUUCAAGAGCUGACAACUUUCUAUGAGAAUUUAUUCCAGACCCAAGGCACCAUACCUGAUUACAGCCUGCUCACUGGUAUCAAUCCCUCCAUUACCCAG